AUGGAAGCCUUCGUCGCACCGCCAAUCCACCAGCUUCAUGUUGGUGCUUUGGCAGCCCCAGCAGCCCCAGCUGCCCCGGUGGAUGGUGGCAAGAGGAGAAGGCACGAGUACAUCGUGUGGCGUCGCUUAGUACGUUUUCUCGUGGGCACUGGUGCUUUGCCAGCGGAGCUGUGGCUGGAGCUUUGGCAGUUCGAGGAAGAAAACACGUAUCCAAAAACCUGGAGCAACCCAUCUGGCGCGGUGCUGCUGCAGUUGCAACCAGAUCUUUGGGUGGCGGAGCGGCCCUUCGUGUGGAAUAGUAUCGAUGUGGGUGGAAAGAUGGCGGUGAUUCGCCUGACCGAUGGCUCCUUGUGGGUCCACUCGCCGGUGAACUUCGAUGAGCCGCUGAGGCGAGCUUUGAAGGAAUUGGGUCCUGUGAAACACAUCGUUUCGCCAAACUUUGAGCACGUGAAAUGGGCCAAGCAAUGGAAAGAGGCGUUUCCAGAUGCAAUUCUAUGGGGCACACCUGGUAUGGUAGAGAAAUUCCCGGAGAUUCCUUUUGACCGUGAGCUUUCCACGUCUUCCAUUUGCCCCCCGGAGUGGCAAGAUCAACUGCAGAUGUGCUUCGCUGAUUGUGAGAGAACUCCUGUGAUCGGCACACCGUUCUUCAACGAGGUGGUCUUUUACCACCGCAAGAGUGAGACCCUGAUGACCACUGACAUUUUCUGGAGCUACCCCAAUGACCUGCCAUCUGGCUCCAAGCUUUGGAAGUUUUUGAUGGACAAGAUCUACCUUCCUUUUUAUCGUCGUUUCAUGGUGCGCAACAAGGCAUCACUUCAGCAGGUCCUGGAUACUGUGGCGGAGUGGCAGCCCAAAGGAUUGUUGCCAUGCCAUGGCAUUUAUCAAGCCUCAGGUAGCACAGCAGCUGCACAGGAGGCAGUGGGAACCAGUGACACAGAGGAGUUGCCUGCGUCCAUCUUGGACGUGAUCGAGGCAGAUGUCGCCCGCACCUUUCCCAACGACAAGAAGUUCCAGGAGUCCGGAGGUCCUGAGAGCCUGCGUCAGGUGCUCAUUGAGCUGGCGAAACAAGACAAGGAGCUGGGCUACUGCCAGUCCUUGAACUUCAUCGCAGCCAACUUUCUGAUGGUUCUCAGCAGUCAAGAGAUGGCACUCGCAGCAGUGCGACAGCUCAUCAUGAAAUUGCAGACUCGCCAAUGGUACACUGAUGGCAUGCGACAGCUGCGUGGUGACACUGCUGUUUUGGAGGAGAUGGUGAGAGAAAGGCUGCCAGCAGUUCAUCAGGUGCUGACUCUCCACAGGUUCGACUUUCUCUUCGUGACCUCCAAGUGGUUUUUGUGCCUUUUUGCAGCGACUUUGACAGAUGAGGUGUUGAGACGUGUUUGGGACGUGCUCUUGGUGGACGGCAUCGAGGCGGUCUUCCGGAUUUCAAUUUCUUUGUUUGCGUUGCAUCAGGAGUCAAUCCUGCAGGUGAAGUCUGAAGAUGGCCUGAUACACAUGAUGCAGGACUGGCAGCCUGAUUGCUCGCCAGAGGUGUUGAUUCAGAACGCUUACAGCCCAAGCCUUGUUGGGUCAAUUGGCCGCUUGGAGCUCGAUCAGCGCCGGAAACGCGCAGCAGAAGCGAUCUCCAACGCCGAUGCACGGGCUGAGAUGAGAGCCACACAGUUGCGGAGAGGAGGUGUUAGACCCGCCUCAGUGCUAUCACGCCAGUGA